GAAAGGGCUGAAGUGACACUCGGGAGUUUGGUGGAGGCAUCGUGAGAGUGAAUAGACAUCAACUGUGAGCGCGAGAACAAGUUAGAUCCAUUUGGAAGGAAUUUGACUUUUUUUUUUUUUGCGCAGAGACGCACUGUGCACAGACAGACGCGCCACUUGGAAACGUAUUCGUCAACGUGUUCCAUUGACUGCAACAACGGAUGAACCUUCUUGUAGCUUCACACACCAGGACAACUCAUAAUUAACAUUCUCGAGUCAGACAUGGAUAUCACCAACGUGUCCUACCAUUUCCCCUCUCUCCUCCACAUGGAAGAGAACCAAGUGAAUGACUUAAUAGAGGAAAAUGAAACAUCCUCUUCUGGCGGGGACCAGCACUUUAUGGGCUGCGUGCAGAUCCGCGUCCCUCAGGAACUCUUCUUGGCGCUGGGGCUCAUCAGCCUGGUGGAGAACAUCCUGGUGAUCCUGGCGAUCAAUAAGAACCGCAACUUGCACUCGCCCAUGUACUACUUCAUCUGCUGCCUGGCUGUGUCCGACAUGCUCGUCAGCGUCAGCAACGUGGUGGAGACCAUAUUCAUGCUGCUCCACGACCACGGCCUGCUGGACUUGCACCCAGGUAUGCUGCGCCACCUGGACAACGUCAUCGACGUGAUGAUCUGCAGCUCAGUGGUGUCCUCGCUCUCCUUCCUGUGCACCAUCGCCGCGGAUCGCUACAUCACCAUCUUUUACGCGCUGCGCUACCACAGCAUCAUGACCACGCAGCGCGCCGUCGCCAUCAUCGCGGUGGUGUGGCUGGCCAGCAUCACCUCCAGCAUCCUCUUCAUCGUCUACCACACGGACAACGCCGUCAUCGUGUGCCUCGUGGCCUUCUUCUGCACCACGCUGGUGUUCAACGCCGUGUUGUACCUGCACAUGUUCCUCCUGGCGCACGUGCACUCGCGGCGCAUCAUGGCUUUCAACAAAAACCAGCGCCAAUCCACGAGCAUGAAGGGAGCGAUCACGCUCACCAUCCUGCUGGGGGUUUUCAUUUUGUGCUGGGGUCCUUUCUUCCUGCACCUGGUCCUCAUCCUCACCUGCCCCACCAGCCCCUUCUGCAACUGUUUCUUCCAAAACUUCAACCUUUUCCUCAUCCUCAUCAUCUGCAACUCGCUCAUUGACCCACUCAUUUACGCGUACCGGAGCCACGAGCUGCGUAAAACCCUGCAGGAGCUGGUGCUGUGUUCCUCGUACUUCGGCGUGUGACAUCAUGUGCAUUCACAGGGAGAAAAAGCACAAAACUCUGCAGUGUCGCACGUCUCUCCCUCCUGAAUAACGUACAAUAGCGUCUGAAUUAUGAGUUUGGUGCGUGACACUGUCCUCUGGUGCGCGGACUGUGGGUCCGAUGAAGACUUCUGUACAUGUCCUCCUUAUUCCCACGCAUGUCUUCAGAUUUUGUCUUCUUCUGUUACAUUACACAGACUGGGUCACUUUACUUUUUCAGUAACAUUUUGCAUUAUAGAGUGACAACGUGGUAUUUAUACAGUAGUGACAGAGAAGUAAUAUUGUGGUAACAUAGUAUAUUAUUUGUAAUUCACUUUUCUCUGCGUGUAAUAACAAUGGUAAAAAAACAACAACAAUAUAGGGCCACAAUUCAUACACAGUCAGUGCCAAAUAAGGACAUGAUAUUAAAGUAAUAUAAGCCUGGUAAUGAGAAUCAUUUUAGGUGAACAUUAAUGUUCUACAUUUACAUGAACCACAUUGAAAUUAAAAUAUUAAAAUAACCACAUUAUGUACAGAUAUUAGAUUUUUUGUUUUAGCACUUAAAUUAUCACCAGUAACUUUAAUGGAAAACAAUAUAUGCAGUUUUAAAAUAACAUUCCUGUGUAUGCCACACUAAAUGUAAAUGAUUUAGUGUGGCAUACAUUACUCCCUAAUGUAAAACCUGUGUUUAUCUGCUGUCAAACACCCGGUUUAUUCAUGACAUGAGCAUCACAUACACCUGUUGUAUGAGUUAAACGCCAUACUCCUAAUCUAUAAUUCAAUUCAAUUUUAUUUGUAUAGUUCCGAAUCACAACAUACAUUGAUCUCAAGGUACCGUACAUCGAGAGAGAAACCCAACAAUUCAAGCACUAGGCAUCAGUGGAGAAAGAAAAAAAACCUCCCUUUUAACAGGAAAACAGACUCAAAGAUGUGCCG